ACAGAGCUGCAGAAGACUUGCUCACUUGUUGGAGGAACACACCCUAAGUGCAAAGAUGACAUUCAAUGGUACCUGGAAGGUUGAAAGAAAUGAGAACUAUGAACAGUUUAUGGAACAGAUGGGGGUAAACGUUAUGAAGAGAAAACUUGCACUUCAUGAUAACCUGAAGGUUACAAUUCACCAAGAUGGAAAUAAGUUUACUGUUAAAGAGUCCAGUACCUUCCGCACAAAAGACGUCGAGUUCGUGCUAGGAGUAUCCUUUGAGUAUUCCUUGGCGGAUGGAACAGAACUUCAAGGUUCAUGGAAUCUUGAGGGAGACAAACUUUUAGGAAAGUUCACGAGGAAGGACAAUGGCAAGGAACUCUUAACGCACAGGGAAAUUGUUGGCAAUGAACUUGUUCAGACUUACUCAUAUGAUGGAGUUAAUGCGAAGAGAUUCUUCAAAAAGGAAUAGAGCCUGUGGCACGGACUCACAACAAUGCCAUGCAUCUCUGAAAAUUCCAGUGGCAGUUUUCCA